UUGUAUCUGUCUUUGUAGUCUGAGCUCAGAGACAAGUUGGGUUUGCUAGAUGAGAAGAUUGAGAAGACUGAAAAUAUAAUACUUCAAAUGAAUGACAUGCAGAGCAAGCUGAAGGAUGGAGCAACCAAACGGAAGACAGCACUGGCAACUGUGUAUCAGCAAAUACGAGAUAUGUUGGCCCAAGAGGAACGCAGAGCCCAAACUGAGGUGGACCGCGAGCUGGAAAUCGGUCAGACAAGACUUCGGGACCUCAUGAAGAGGUUCACUGACAACGCUGAGACAAUGAGAAAAGCCAGAGAAGAUAUCAACAGUCUGCUGAGUCAGUCCCAAACCCCAGCAUUUCUCCAGGCUACAUUUGACUUGCCUAAAGUUGUAAAGUCUGAACCUUUCAUGCCUCGAAUCAACCUGGACUCCAAGACGGUGACAGCAGCACAAGCCUUCUCUACUGCACUGAAGGAGCAUCUGACAGAGAUCCUUAACCAGCCUGUUGAGACCAGACUACCAAUAAUGAAACCGAGUGAAGGCGCAGGUGAAAAAACAGCUCCUGUCUCUGGGGCUGCAAGUCCUGCCAGCACUGGAUCUCAGCCAGAAUCUGAGACACAACAGCCUAAAGUGCGGGGUAGAAAGCCCAGAUCCCACAGUUCAGGUCGUCCACCCAUGAGGCCAUACUUCCAGUCAGUUCCUGUCCCUGGUUUCAUGGGCUCACAACCAGGCUGGAUUCCACCACAGUUUUUUCGUGGCCCAUCACCAAACUUUAAUAUGACUCCGCCAUUUAAUGCAGCACAAUGGGCACAGCAAGACAGAAUGCAACCCGGUGCGGCAGGUGGAAGUAGGCCAGGUGCGAGAUCAGAUUUCACUAAGAAAGAUCAUCCCAAACGCCACCCUCCUUCUGAGAAAUCAACCAAAUCCCACCCACAGCCUAAGAAGAACUAGAUGCAGCAGUGGAUGUACCUGCUUCUGUCCAGGCUUCACAUGUCUGUGAGACUUGCACAUCAUACAAGAGCCUAUCAGUUUGUCACAUGAUGUGAAAUGGAACCAUUCUGUUUCUUAAUCAAACAGUGUACAGCCUCUGGUGCAUUACUGCAGGUUAUGACUGCUAUGAUUAUGUAUUGUACGAUUAUUUACACGUUGACACGUCAUUGUAAAUGAUUAACAGAGUGCAGAGCAGUUUGGAAAUGAACACAACAUCCAGUAUUUUCUGUUGAGAGCAGUGUAAACGCCACGUAAUAGUGAAUACUGGUACACUGGAGAAGAGGUGCGCGCCAUGUUUUAAUUUUGAUGGGUUUAACUCUGUAAAUAUUAACAUGUUAAUCUACCCAUCAGGAGUGAUCUCUGACCAGGCAUCAUUACACCAGAGUCUUUAGUCUUUUUUUUAUAAAUCAUAACUUGAUUAAAACACAGACACAAGUGGCAUAUAUAUGAAAAUAUUUAUGGGAAUGUCUUCCAACUCUAAGGAUCACUUCAUUACAUUCAGUUCAGCCAAAAUCUGUUUUGUCACUUGUAGUAGCAAAUUCACCAAAACCUCUUUAGUGCAAUUUCUGUUCACUGCUACAGUAUGUUCUCCAUGAUUAUCACUAAAUGCUUUUCUCCCAGCCAGAUUCCUUUCUUUCUUACAUUACAGAUAUGACAGCAAAAGAAAGAUAUUCAAAUACAUGUAUAUAUGUAUUUGUAAUGAAAACAUUUUGGUACAGGUAACAGUGUAAUGUGAGGAUCAACUGAAUUUUGAAUGCAGAAACCCAGUGCUAAUUGUUUUACGUUAAAGGAUAUCUACAUCACACAGAUUCACUCAGUUCACCUUACCAAACUGAUUUAAAUACUGUUUUAUAUCUGCCCAAGUUUAACAAACAAUAAACUGUAAGCUAUGAAUUCGGAGCAUUCCAAACCAAUAACAUCACAAUGUUCCUCCACCCCUCAAAAGUCAACUAAGUCAUUAGCCACACUAGCAACCCUCUUGAUGCGCCACAGGUAUAUAUUCCCUCAUUUCACUGUUCCUCGCUCGUUGAUCCUGCCUCAACCUGGAAGUCUUUCCGGUCUUAAAGAACAUCCCAAAGCUCUGGAGGAUGCAAGAGAACAUCCUUAAUGAAGUCUUUAAGAAUGGCACGCCCCUCCUAUCAACAAUCAUUUGGUGAUUAGACACCUCAGAUUAAGGAUGUCGCAUGUCUCUAAUAAUGCAUUCUCUUUCUCCUCAAACUUCCUUCUUACAUCUUUUACUAAAAUCUUAACUGGGCAGGACUAAGACAAGGAAAAGAACCAAUUGAGGGAAAUGUGGCUGCAAUUUGAAGGAACUGAGAUUUAUCCCAAGAAUCCCACUUGUUGGAUGGUUUAAAAAUGGACACUAGUUAAACCUUUACUGCCAGCAGUGAAAAAAAUAAAAUAAACAGAAAAUGAGUGUUGUGCUAGAGAAAAGGCCAUGUUAUUACAUAAAUCAAAAAGGCUAUUGCCCCGGACAUCUUUCACUCAGCUUGUUGGCCACAGCUGUAAUCGUCAGCUUUCAUCAGUUCAGAGCUGCCUUAACCAGGGGCCUGUACUAUGGAACGGGUUCAGCUUAGUCUGUCUCCACUGAGUCUAGUAUCGACUGUCCCAGAUAACAGGUAUCAUACAGCGGGUUAUCAACUGGCUUUGUUGACUCUGGGUUUCCUCUCAGGUUACAAGUACGUUCACGGUAAGAGGCAGUUGCUCAUUAGAAACAUCAUCAGAAGCAUGAAGGGAGUACUAAAUAUGAGAAAUGUGGUACCUGCAGGUUAAUUUGAAUUGUAAACAACAGGAUCACAUAGAAUUACAAGCUGUAGAAACAUUAGAAAUACUUUCUAAAUAAUCAAAUAGGGUCUAAGGGUUUGCUGUAAAAACAUGCAGAUAUAAUAUGGGUCUUAUUGAAUGAAUAUACAGUAUCUGCUCUUUUGUGGAAUGCUAAACAGACUAAUCUGAAGAGGUGAAUAAGUAAUGUGAGUGUUUCUGCAGCCUUAAAAGGAGAAAGGAAAGAACAUUCUGAUCAGGUCAGUCUGACUGGUAUGUUCAUUUAAAAUCAGGGCUAUGUACAGUAUUUACCAGUGUGUGGAGGAUUUCAUUUAUAGAAGACAUCAGAGGGUUUACUUUUUAUUUCACAUGGUAUCUAUUGCACUAUUGCAAAUAUAACUGUAACCGGAUGGGAACACCAUCAACCAGCCAGAAAGCCAGAGUUGAGCUCAAAGCUGACAGACCCCGCAGCUCUCGCUUCAUGGAACAGGCCCCAGACUUUUUUGGAGUGCAACUCUACCAAAUAUUUGACAAGCACAACAUGUUCUAAUACCCAGAGGAUCAAUACAAUCAUUAGGCUCAGCAAUGUCUGUGUAGAACUGCAUGACAAACCAGUCCUACAGUUGCCAACAUAUUUCACUCUAAAAUGGUGUUUUGAACUACAGCCAUGUCGCUAGUGUGGCUAGCAACCUGCCAAUAAAACCCAAAACUAUGUUUAUACAAACUCAGUGCAACACAACAGAAUACACACACACACACACAGGUAAACAUGGAUGACAAGGUGAAAGAUCAAACCGGUGUCCUUGAGCAAGAAGACACUGACCAGACACUGGUGAAACCACAAAACCAUUUACAGGGAAGAAACAACCAACAGCACUGAACAGGUAGAUCAAUGUCACCUGAACGCUACACAGAAAAGUGCAUAUAUGGUAGUACUGACACUGAACUGAAGCCCAAUUCAAUUUAUCUGCAGGAUAAAACUAUUUAGGGCGCCACCUUGUGGUGAUUACUGGGAAAACAUGAAGUGCAAGAGGACUGCUUGAAAGACAGAAUCACAUAGGGGAGCAUAGCCUCAUUAGCUUAUCACAAUCAGCAGCAUUGUCAAACGUCAAGAUUAUGGUUUCAUGUAUAUAAGCUGCGUAAGUCAGUGUAGGUGUCAAACAAUGCAACACAAAAAGCUCUAACACAAGUUUAAUGGAUCCUCUGAACGACAGUUCCACAAGGGCAGUGCUUUCAAAGUAAACCUCAACUUCCUGUGGCGCUUACAGUAAAGCUAAAUAUAGGUUCAAGACUGUAUCUUAGUUUGGUGAGCUACUUGAGACAGUGCAUCAUGAAGUAAACAAACACUGAUGUCCAAUGACUGCCAACACAUUGCAGUUGUCAACAGUGCCAUUGUUCCAUUGAGACUCAAAGACCAUUUAGACUACACACACGCAUUUUAAAGCCUUAACGCUGGAUGACAAAUACAGGAGACAAAAAAAAAAAAAAAAAAAAA